CCACCGUCCAUGGAGAAGAUCUCCGUCGCCGUCCGCUUCCGGCCGUCGACCGCCCUCGAUCUCCCCGAAGACCGGAAAUGGCGAGUCGAGGACAACCGCAUCUCCCUCCACCUCCUCGACGGCACCCCCAUCUCCGGCGUCUCCUUCGCCUUCGAUCACGUCUUCGAUCAGAGCUCCACCAACGCCACCGUCUACGAUCUCCUCAUCAAAUCCAUCAUCCACGCCGCUGUCAAUGGAUUCAACGGCACUGCUUUUGCCUACGGGCAGACCAGCAGCGGCAAGACGUUCACCAUGAACGGCUCCGAAGAUGACCCCGGAAUAAUCCCUCUCGCCGUCAAAGACAUCUUCCACACCGCCCAGAUGACCACGGAUCGGGAGUUCUUGAUUAGGGUCUCGUACAUGGAGAUCUACAAUGAGGAGAUCAAUGAUCUCUUGACGCUGGGGAACCAGAAGCUUCCGAUUCAUGAGAGCUUGGAGCGUGGGAUUUUUGUAGCGGGUCUCCGCGAGGAGAUUGUGAACAGUGCGGAGCAAGUAUUUGAGCUUAUCAAACUAGGAGAAGCAAAUCGGCAUUUUGGGGAAACCAACAUGAAUGUGAGAAGCAGUAGAUCACAUACCAUAUUUAGGAUGGUAAUUGAGAGCAGUGUGAAAGAUCCCAUUUCUUCUGGUGAUGUUUCUAAUGCAGAUGCAAUCCGUGUAUCUGUCUUGAACUUGGUAGAUUUAGCUGGAUCAGAGCGGAUAGCUAAGACAGGGGCUGGAGGAGUACGUUUGAAGGAAGGGAAGCACAUUAACAAGAGUUUAAUGAUUCUUGGUAAUGUGAUCAAUAAGCUGAGUGAAAAUGGAAAGCAAAGGGGGCAUAUCCCAUAUCGUGAUAGCAAGCUGACUCGCAUUCUCCAACCUUCUCUUGGUGGUAAUGCCAAAACUUCUAUAAUCUGUACGGUUGCACCAGAGGAGGUUCACAUAGAGGAAAGUAGAGGAACCCUCCAGUUUGCAAGCGGAGCUAAACGCAUUACGAAUUGUGCUCAAGUAAAUGAGAUUCUGACUGAUGCUGCACUGCUGAAGCGACAAAAACUAGAGAUUGAAGAGCUCCGCAGAAAACUUCAGGGAUCUCAUUCUGAGGUACUAGAACAAAUGAUCUUAAAGCAACGAAAUGACAUGCACAAGUCUGAAUUAGACCGUGAAAGGCUUGCAAUGGAGCUUGAGGAAGAAAGAAAAUCUCGUGAAGCAUUAGAGCAUUGCAUAAAGGAACAACAGAAGAAGAUAGACAAUCUUACUAGUCUUGCUAAUUCUUCCAGUCAAACUAGAAGUUCAGCCAAGCAGAUGGCGGACUUGAGAAACACAUCUGAUGAAGUAAUCAUGUCACAGGAAGAUGUCUUUAAAACACCUAAUUUCAAAGAAAAGCCAAAUGAUUUUGUUGUGAAAAGAUCAAACUGUUCAAGGGACCUUGAGUCUAGUCCGCCCCCUGAUAAUUUUGCAAACAUAGCUGAUGAAGACUUGUGGAUGCGUUUGAACAAAGGUUGCACCACUGAUCUUGAUAUGCUUCAAAUGACGCCUGAUAUGAAAUGUCAAUCCUACUUAUCAAGUGAUAUUUCAGUUGGACUAGCUUUGGAGGAAGAGAUUAGUAACAAGGGAAGAUGUCACAGCUUGGAAACUGAAUGUGGCUUCAACAAGCAACUUGAGGCUUCGAAGGAGCAAUGUGCUGCCCUAGAAAGGGAAUGCAACCUUUUGAGAGGGGAAAAUGCUUCUCUCAUGCACGGUCUCUCCAUGUCCAAACAAGACGUAGAGCUCCUUACUGCCGAAAAAGAAGAAUUACUGAAGGAGCUGAACAUUGAAAGACAAAAAAUGAAGGAUCUUAAGGAGGAGAUCCAUGUGUUCAGUUUAGCAUUUUCCCAACGGGAGGGAUUACUCACAUCCCUCUACUCCAAAUCCAAGGCGAUGGUGGAAAACCUAAAAGCCUCUCAGGUUCCCACGCCUGAACUAUACGAUUGUUAAAGCUGAAUAUGCUGCCUCUUUAUUUAUUGAAUCAUAUACUAAUGCAGUUAGUAAGAGGUCCUGGCCUGUUAAGAGUGCUUUCCUUGUAUUGCCUAUGUUGAUCUAUUGAUCACACCAUGUCUUUACUUCCACACUUGCAUCGUUUAAAAUUUAAGUUAUUUUCCUUUCUUUCUCAGGACAUUUUACUUCGUGAAUUGAUCACCCAGUGCUUUUAAUUCA